AUGUUAACCAGGGAGGUUUCCAAACUCAAGAGAUAUAUGUUCAAGUUUCUUAGAGAAAAAGUUGCAGUUAAUAAGUUUGGCAACCGACCGAAGCAGACGAGGCAUAGCGCACAUACCAGAGAUACCACGCACACUCAAUCACAAUCUCAAACUCGGUCGAUGUCCUCGAAAGCGGCCAUGGGGUCACGAGAGCCACGCAAGUCGAUGUUGACUGUGGAGUCAUGUCAAGGUCUUCCGCGUGCUAGGCUUCCCGAAUACGUCAAGUCGCAGCAUAACAGGCUCUACAACAUCAUUUGGAGAAACUAUCCGCCCAAGAAUGUCUUGAUGAUUAAAAAACCGUGGGACUUGACCGUUCGCGAAGCCAUGAUCCAGUUGAUCAACCACUUACAUGUGCAGUAUCCCCUGGUCAACAUUGUCGUUAAUGAAGAUGUUGCUGACGAGCUUGUUAACGAAGUCACCACUGUCAAUAAGCUAUUAGAUGAGUCAGUCCUGCAUGUGAUUUACACGGGCAAGAACAAGGAUAUCAUUGACAAGAUUGAUUUGAUGAUCACCUUAGGAGGCGAUGGUACUAUCUUGAAGGGGGUAUCCUUGUUUUCAAAUGUUAAGGUGCCCCCGGUGUUGUCGUUUGCCAUGGGCACGCUUGGGUUUUUGCUUCCGUUUGACUAUUCCAACAGCAUGGAGUGUUUUCGAAGCGUGUAUGAAGGGCGGGCCAAGGCGUUGCAUAGAAAUCGCUUGGAGUGUCACGUGUUGCGGACUGAUGACGUUGAGAAGGAGGAAGAACUGGCGCUGGCGGUGGUUGACGGUGCCCACCGAGGCGACGUUUCUCAAUUGAAGAUUGAACGAGAACAGUUUAGCGACAAGAGAGAAAUGAUCCAUGCCAUGAACGAUAUAACGAUACAUCGAGGCAGUUUGCCGAAUCUUACCUCGUUGGACAUUUACAUUGACGGCGAGUUUUUCACAACGACGUAUGCCGAUGGCUUGAUUUUUUCAACGCCAACUGGAUCUACGGCGUACUCGCUAUCUGCAGGCGGAUCGAUAACGCACCCCGUGGUGCCCUGUAUAUUGUUGACGCCAAUCUGUCCUCGCUCGUUAUCGUUUCGUCCGUUGAUUUUGCCGAGCACUUCGGAUAUCAUGAUUAAGUUGUCGGAAAACAACCGCAACAACUUUAUCGAGUUGACCAUUGACGGGAUAAGCCAAGCCGAUUUGCAUCCUGGAGACGAGUUGCACAUCACCUCGGAAACGGUUGUUGCCAACACUUUGAUUCGGCAACAGAGUUUAUUAAAGCAGCAGUCUCAGAGCAGUCAAGCACAGUCACAACAACAACAACAACAGCAGCAGCAGCAGCAGAGUAUUCGGUCGAUGCAAGAGGAAGAAGAAAUGCUAAAUGGGGACAAUAUCGUUUACAACGAUAAGAACGGCAUAUGGUGUGUUGCCACUAACCCCAAUCAAUGGUCAAAGGACUUGAAUAGUUUACUAGGCUUCAACAGUUCAUUUAGAGACCAAAAGGGCAAGAAAUUGCAUUUAUAG